AUGGCGAUGGAGGUGGUGGAUACUCCGACGGUGAUGGUCGUGGUGGUCGUGGUGGUCGAGGUGGUGGUGGUGGUUGCUACAAAUGUGGUGAGGACAGUCAUUAUGCCAGUGAUUGCACCAAUUGUGUCUGGCUAUAUGUUUUGGCAAAUGGCAAAAAACAAUAAUAUCAACGUUGCAGUUCCCUCCGGUGAAAUGCGUUACAAGGGUGUGAGGAAGCUUCCCACAGGGAGCUACAUAGCUGAGAUCAAAGUUAUCAGCCAGAGAAGAUUUGUGUGGCUUGGAACCUUUGAUACAGCGGAGGAAGCUGCUAGGGCUUAUGAUGCAGCUGCCCGACAGCAUCUCGGCCCACGGACAGUCAUUAAUUUUCCUCCAAUAACUAAUCAUAAUGACAUCAAAAGAACCAGAAAUUAUCUUCAAAAGCUUAAUCGUAAGGAUGUCAUGAUCAAUUAUGCCAACAACAGUACUUCUGCAUCAUCUUCUUUGAUGCCAAAUCAGAGUUCUGAUCAGGAGUUUCGUCGUUUUACAACGAUUACUGGAGCUUCUGUUAUGAUGUCAAUGGUGCGAGAUAGAAGCUUAUUAGAGGCUUUAAUGAGAGAAGGAGUGAUACUUCCGGACCCAGAGAUCAUCGAUGCUAACAAUACCGAGCCUCUCAAUCUUGAGCUCACUCUUGCACCGCCAGGUAGCAUGUAA